AAAACGAUCUUUAAUUUCAUAAAUUGUUUUACCUCUUCUACUCUUUCUUCUCUUUCUUCCUUUUAGCUUGGCUACGUGUAUCCAUAGUUCAUAUUGAAUCAAAGUAAAAGUUGUUCAUUCAUCUUCUCAUUCCUAUUUCUUUCAUCAAAUUAGUGUAAAAAUUGACGUCUUCAAUAUUUACCUUUUUUUUAGCAUAACACAUCAUCACUAAACAAGAUCACUUCGUUCAUCACUCAUAGAUUCAUUCAUAUCAUGUCAAGACCAAUUGUUAUUUCUGGACCAUCAGGUACUGGUAAAUCCACCUUAUUAAAAAGACUAUUUGCUGAAUAUCCUGAUAAAUUCGGAUUCUCAGUGUCUAAUACCACUAGAAAACCAAGAGCUGGUGAAGUCGAUGGUAAAGAUUAUCAUUUCUCAACCAUUGAAGAAUUCAAACAAGCUAUUGAAGAUAAAAAAUUCAUCGAAUGGGCUCAAUUCUCCGGUAAUUAUUACGGUACCACCAUUAAAGCUGUCAAAGAUGUCAGUGAACAAGGUAAAGUUUGUCUUUUAGAUAUUGAUAUGCAAGGUGUUAAAUCUGUUAAAGGUACUGAUUUAAAUGCUAGAUACUUAUUCUUAAGUCCUCCAUCCAUCGAAACCUUAAGACAAAGAUUAGAAGGUAGAGGUACUGAAACUCAAGAUUCUAUUGAAAAGAGAAUCUCUGCUGCUUCAGCUGAAUUAGAUUAUGCUAAAACUGGUGCUCAUGAUAAAAUAAUUGUUAAUGAUGAUUUAGAAAAAGCUUAUGUUGAAUUCAAAGAUUUCAUCUUAAAUGAAUAAUUAAUCAUACCCAUACCCCCUUACUCACAAUCUUUCCCUUCUCUUAUAUAGUUUGUUGUUAUAAUAAUAGACAUUUAUCAAUUUUUAUUUAUAGUGUCACACACGUGAUCAUUUUUUCUAAGUCUCAAAAGACAAUUAAAAACUCGGAACUUUUCAAAUCCCUUAAACCAAAAUGAUCCUAUCAUGAUAUUACUUUAGACAUAGAUAUAAUUAUAACAUAUAUCUAUACCUUUUGAUCUUGAUUUUUGAUAUAUUUU